GGCCGCGGCGCCCCACCCCACGCCGCCCUCAGCAAACUGAGCCUGCACAGCGCGGGCGGCGCCUGUCUUGCUGCCGCCUCCACCUUCGCGUCCCUGCAACACCAUCUUUGUCUGCCGGCCCCGCGGCCGCGCAAGCUUUGUCGCCGGCGCCCGUCCCCCGGCCGGCCGGGGCGCGCAGCCGAGAAGCCCACACGCCGCGCUGGCGUCGUCCUCGUCCCCCUCGCCGCCCCCGCCGCCCUCCGCGCGCGGCCGGGCCUUGCCCCCCAUGGUCUCCCGCCCCGAGCCGGAGAGCGAGGCCAUGGACGCGGAGCUGGUGGUGACGCCGCCGGGCUGUUCGCAUCUGAGCAGCUUCAAGGUGGACAACUGGAAGCAGAACCUGCGUGCCAUCUACCAGUGCUUCGUGUGGAGCGGCACGGCGGAGGCCCGCAAGCGCAAGGCAAAGUCCUGCGUCUGUCAUGUUUGUGGCGUCCACCUGAACAGACUCCACUCUUGCCUCCAUUGUGUUUUUUUUGGCUGUUUCACAAAGAAACAUAUUCAUGAGCAUGCGAAGUCAAAACGGCACAAUCUGGCCAUAGAACUUAUGUAUGGAGGUAUCUACUGCUUUUUGUGUCAGGACUAUAUAUAUGACAAAGACAUAGAGAUAAUAGCCAAAGAAGAACAGCGGAAAGCUUGGAAAAUGCAAGGUGUUGGAGAGAAAUUUUCAACUUGGGAACCAACCAAACGGGAGCUUGAACUGCUGAAACACAACCCGAAAAGGCGAAAGAUCACCUCCAACUGCACCAUUGGUCUGCGCGGGCUGAUCAACCUGGGAAACACGUGCUUCAUGAACUGCAUCGUGCAGGCUCUGACCCACACACCUCUGCUGCGGGACUUCUUCCUCUCGGACAGGCACAGGUGUGAGAUGCAGAGCCCCAGCUCCUGUCUGGUCUGUGAGAUGUCCUCGCUGUUCCAGGAGUUUUACUCUGGGCACCGUUCCCCUCACAUUCCAUACAAGCUGCUGCACCUGGUGUGGACACACGCCCGACACCUGGCGGGCUAUGAGCAGCAGGAUGCCCACGAGUUCCUCAUCGCCGCCCUGGACGUGUUGCACCGGCACUGCAAAGGGGAUGAUAAUGGGAAAAAGGCCAACAACCCCAAUCAUUGCAACUGCAUCAUAGACCAGAUCUUCACGGGGGGGCUGCAGUCUGAUGUCACCUGCCAAGUCUGCCAUGGUGUCUCCACCACAAUAGACCCCUUCUGGGACAUCAGUUUGGAUUUGCCUGGCUCUUCCACCCCAUUCUGGCCCCUGAGCCCAGGGAGUGAAAGCAGCGUGGUGAAUGGGGAAAGCCAUGUGUCAGGAACCACCACGCUCACGGACUGCUUGCGAAGAUUUACCAGACCGGAGCACUUAGGAAGCAGUGCCAAGAUCAAAUGUAGUGGUUGUCACAGCUACCAGGAGUCCACUAAACAGCUCACCAUGAAGAAGCUGCCCAUUGUGGCCUGUUUUCAUCUCAAACGAUUUGAACACUCAGCCAAACUGAGACGGAAGAUCACCACCUAUGUGUCCUUUCCCCUGGAACUGGACAUGACCCCCUUCAUGGCAUCCAGCAAAGAGAGCAGAAUGAAUGGACAGUACCAGCAGCCCACAGAUAGUCUCAAUAAUGACAACAAGUACUCAUUGUUUGCAGUCGUUAACCACCAAGGGACUCUGGAGAGCGGCCACUACACCAGCUUCAUCCGGCAGCAUAAGGAUCAGUGGUUCAAGUGUGAUGAUGCCAUCAUCACCAAGGCCAGCAUCGAGGACGUGCUGGACAGUGAGGGAUACUUACUGUUCUAUCACAAACAGUUCUUGGAAUACGAGUAGCCUUACCCACAGCUGGUCAGAAAAAUGAAGGCAAUGAGUUGGCAAGUCUCACGAAAUGAUCCCCAACCUCCCCAACAACAUGAUUCUGCCAUCCAUGGAAGCGCCCUCAAGAGCAUUGGGGCGGGGGGGUCCUCUGUAGCCUGGGUCUCAAGGAGUCAUCACAGUGGGUGCCGAGGAUGGGUGUUUGACUGGACAGACCCCAUGCUCGGAGAACGCUUCCAGGAACCACACAACAGAACAAGUUAAGUGAAGGGUGUGCCCCGCGAGGGAGGAGCAGAGUAGAUCUGCACUAGCGCGUCUCCUGUGCGCCUCAGAGAGAGGGGGCACGGCAGAGCACCUGUCCUGUGCUUCCGUGCAGCCACACCACAGUGAGGCUCUGAAGGCACCAGGCCAUUUUAAAGUUAGGGGCCCGAGGCAGCAAAUAGGAAGACAGAGAUAGUGUGUAAGGACAAAAUACCUUUGUCUUGUGAGCUUAGUAUUAAAUAUAUAUAGCAGCGGAGCUCUUAGCCUCCCUCUGUCAGCAGAUACACACAGCCGCCCCGCCCCCACCCCGAGCCUUUGGGACUGGAGACACCGGGGUUUCCGAGCACGUUUAUUCUGCAGGUAACCUAGCAUCAAAUGCAUGUGGACGCGUCAGCCCUGGUGUUCUCUUGAUUUUCUAGAAAUAGGCCUUUUCUUACCUCCUCCCUGUUUUUCUCUCUCUCCAUUUCCACAAUGAUGAAUUUCAUAAAUGUAAUGAUAGUAAUGUGAAAGAAUUAUUGACUUUAUACUGAAAUUUAGAUUGUUUCUCCUUUAUACUCGAGUGAAUUUUGCUUUCUAAUUGGUGCUGGUUGCCUCCUUCCCCUCCUCCCGACUUCCCUUCUAGAAGCAUCCGUGUCCAGGUUAUAGCUGGCGGGUGCAACAGAAGGAACAGGCUGCAGCUAUAUAUGUGUCAUAUUAAUAUUUUGAGUAUAUGAAGCAUUUUUCAGUGGUCUUAUUGUUUCCCUUCCUCAUAUUUUCUUCCUGGCUACCUGUGCCACUACCUUGCUGGCCAUUGUGUCAGACUGAAGCUGUAGUAGCUUCCAGUGGAGACUGGAUUACAUUGCUCAGUGCAUCUGAUUCACGUUUAGUGUUGUUUCAGUUAUAAGAAGAGAAAAAGUGAUUGUGACAGCUUGUUGGCAGAGCUGGUAGAGGAGAUAGAACAAUACGAGUUGUUCCUUGUAAGAUACCUUGCAUGCUUCUGUCUGUUCAAACCCAAACUUAAGAUUGUUUGUACCUUUCGAGAAAUUAUAACCCAGAUGUGGGGAAUGAAAAGUUGUUUCCUGUUUUUGUGAACAACCCACUUUCAAGCUGUGUCUGUUCUGGGCGCUCAGCUGCAUCUGAAGAGGGUCAGCAUACUGUUUUCAUUGAGAGCCAGGUCCUAAAUAUUUUAGGCAUUGUAGGGUCUUACAGUUUCCACCAUAGAUAAUACAAAAACAAUCAUGGCUGUGCUCCAGUAAAACUUUUGGACACUGAAAUUUUAAUUUCAUAUAAUUUGAAUGUGUCACAAAAUACUCAUUUUUUUCCCCCCUCUUAAAAAAUGUGUAAACUGUUCUUAGCUGACAAGCCACAGAAAAGCAGUGACUGAGAUUCCACUCAUUAGCUGGUUCGGUUACAAAGGAGUAAUACUAGCAGGAGUGGAGUCCUCCUGCUUUCUGGAAAGUACUGGAACACAUGAAACAGCAGUCAUAUACAGCUAAAUCCUUGGUGAUACAGAUUCUUAAGCACUUGCUCAUUUCAUUCUCACUUGCAUUUCUGCACUUCGGGACAUUAAGUUUUAAAGCAUUAUGAAACAUCCAGCAUUAUUAGAGAAACAGGGGUGUGUGCAGGUUUUCAGCAAUGGCCCCAGUGCCCAGCCUGGGUGUGUUACAGAGCCAUGAAGACUUCUUAUGUAGAGGGGAUCUCCCUUAAUAGGAGAUCUAAGAGGAGGAGAAUUGACUCACACUGGCUUGCAGCACUGAGAGCCACAAAAUCUCUUCCUUUGUUUUGCUCGUGGUUUCCAGAGCGGCCCAGUGCAGAGAGGGGGCAGGGCAGCCAUGUGGGCCUUGGGUUUCCUGGCAGGUUGCCUGUGGUGUGGUGUUCUGUGCUGCUUCUCACAUCUCUCUCCUCUACACCCUCCCCGUCCCCAUGCUGUUCAAGGGCUCAGCGAGCACUGUGGCAGGAUAGUGAGGCUGCAUUACGUUUUGUAGGCAUUACCUUGAAAGCUCAUACCCCAGUUGAUUAUACUUGCUGCCUUUGGCUCUGGCUCUCUAAGCACUCACAUUGUAUUCCGAUCAUCACGAGCACUUUUCAACACUAAGGAUUUCCCUCAUACCUGGUGUAUUUAAAAUAAUGUGUAUUCCCAAGGUGGCUGUCUUCAUAGCGAUUUGUGCUGAAACAAGUGGACUUUGCUUGCUCAGUUGUCUGAAGAGAGGUGGGGGGGUGCCGGGGAGCCCAUAGUCCUUCCCGCCAGAGAGGGAGGGCCCUCUGUGGCACAGCAGCGUCCAGGACCUUCCGCAGCAGCCCCUGCAGCGAACAUGCCCAUGCUCUUGGGCCUCGGCUUGGUGUGUAUGCUUUUCUUUGUGUAAAUUUGCUGGUUAUUUUGACAGUUCAAGUGACUUUUGUUUACUAUAACUUUGAAGACAAAAUUGUAAGAUGAUGAUUCCAAUGAUCGUGCUGUGGAUUUUACUACCAAGAUGUUUACACCUGCCUUUUACCUGCCUUUUAAGGAACUGUUUGACUCUAUUCCCCUUCCUUGAUGGCUUGUAGUCUUUCCUAUGUCAUAAUAAAGCUACAUUUUAUUC